GAAGCUGAGGUCACCAUCUAAUUUGAAAUAUUAAAAGUGGAUACAAAACUAUUUCCACAAUGCAGACAAUUAAGUGUGUUGUUGGUGGUGAUGGUGCUGUUGGUAAAGCAUGUCUCCUGAUAUCCUAUACAACAAACAAAUUUCCAUCAGAAUAUGUACCAACUGUUUUUGACAACUAUGUAGUUACAGUUAUGAUUGGUGGAGAGCCAUAUACUCUUGGACUUUUUGAUACUGCAGGGCAAGAGGAUUAUGACAGACUACGACUACUGAGUUACCCACAAACAGACGUUUUCCUAGUAUGUUUUUCAGUGGUCUCUCCAUCCUCAUUUGAAAAUGUGAAAGAAAAGUGGGUGCCUGAGAUAACUCACCACUGUCCAAAGGCUCCUUUCUUGCUUGUUGGGACCCAAAUUGAUCUCAGAGAUGACCCCUCUACUAUUGAGAAACUUGCCAAGAACAAACAGAAGCCUAUCACUCCAGAGACUGCUGAGAAACUGGCCCGGGAUUUGAAGGCUGUCAAGUAUGUGGAGUGCUCCGCCCUCACACAGAAAGGCCUAAAGAAUGUGUUUGAUGAAGCAAUAUUGGCUGCCCUGGAGCCUCCAGAACUGAAGAAGAGCCGCAGGUGUGUGCUGCUAUGAACGCCUCUCCAGAGCCCUUUCUGCACAGCUGGUGUUGUCAUCAUACUAAAAGCAACGUUUAAAUCAAACUAAAGAUUCAAAAUUAAAAUUCAUUUCUGCA